AUGACACGCGGAAAUCAAAGAGAUCUUGCUCGUGCAAAAAAUGCAAAGAAACAAGCCGAUGCAACAAAAGGUAAACGUGAUGAUGGCUUAACGGUAGCACAAAGAAAGCAACGUGAUGCUGAUGCCAUGCGAGCAAAGCAAGAGGCAGCUAAAGCAAAAGCGGACGGGAAAGAUUCUUCGGGAAAAUAA